AGGAAUAAAACCUAGUAUUGACGUGGUUGUACUGUCCUAAUACACCCUCACAUGGCAACUUUGAUCCGCAUAGAUACUAAUCAUCUAGACCACAGGGAUUGGUGGAAGUCAUGCAAAACAGUUUUUUCCGCAUUCAUGUAAAGAUGGCACUGAAGCAGACACAUUGAGCACACGUUUGACAUGUCAAAGCUUGUUGUACUAAUUACAUAUGCCACCAACAAAGGGGAUGGAUACAAUUUGGGAUUUUAACUUUCCUGACCAGGACAGUCACGCAAUACUGGAAUAUAAAAGAAAACCAGAAACCCUGAACAUGGGUUACAGGAAGCCCCAGAGAGGACAUUCCCUGUAUGCUUCAGAGGAAAACUGGGGGAGAAGCUCCAUCAGGAGACCCCAGGGUUUGACCUGUUGGACCCCAACAUGAGAGUCAUAGAUGUUGGUUAUAACUGCCUCCACGACAAACACCUGAAGUGUUUUUUCCGCCAUCCGGAAAGGAAGAAGCGGCUGGUGAAGCAAGGCCUCAUCACCUCAAAUGAGAAGGCAUGGCAAACCUCCUUUUUCUUUCCAAAAUCUAAAAGUGACACUUAUAUGGAGCUGAGAAAAUUGGACAGGUGUAAGCAAUAUAAUGGCUAGGUGAAAUGCUUGCCAUUUUGCUUAGUUUACACAAAUCCAAGUCUACAAGUGCAUAUGGUCAUUGUUAGUGCAGGUUGUAAAAGAGAAUGUGUUCUUAAUGUCUUACCUGGUUAAAUAAAGGCAAAAUCAAUCAAUAUUGGGGUAGGGGUUAGAGGUAGAUUUGGGAUUGGGUGUUUGUACACAUGAACUUCCUCUAAAAAUGGCUCUUUUGUGAGGCCUCCCUUUCAGGUGCUGUGUACGUGUAAAGAGUACAAUCGCUACAGUGGCUACAUCAAGUCAGUUCAGUUGCUGUGGGAGAAGCAGUGCUGUGCCCAGCAGAAAAGUAUUUUGAAACAGUUCCUAGUCUUGCAGCAGCAAGGGGAGGUUCCGUCCCAUAUCUCACUGACGGAUAUUAGAGAAUGGCUCAUUGCCAAGGGUAGGAACUACUUCAAGAACACGUUUCAGAGUCAAAUGGAAGAGGGGAAGAACCUUUACUUGGCCGAACUGGCUUGGGAGGUGAAACGACGCCUCAGGCUUGAGGAGCUGGAAAGAGAAGUGUGCAGGGAGCUGCGCCUGGAGCGCCGAAUUGGACAGCCUGGUAGCCAGAUGGGAGAUUGGAGACCCCUGGGCAUGGAGACACACACACCUCUGGUAAUGGACUCUCCCUUCAGACACUUUACCUCCUCGAUGGACACUCUUUCCAGUCAGAUCUCGACUAAGAACCUCAAGGUUGCUAGGCUACAUACUGCCAGACCACGUUCUGCCAGACCACCAACUGAAAGACCUAGCAGUGACUCUGAUCACUCUGGAACCUUUUCUACUGUGAUGACCUGCUCACCACAUUCAGCUAGCCCGUCAGUGAUGACUGUUAGGGACUUGCUGCUCAUGAUUGGGCACAUAACAAGCUCAGUAUUGGAGGAGGUAAAUGGCAUCCUGAUCCCUGCCUUGGUUGACCUUAUAAGGCUGAGAGCUUCAGAAAGUGCUGCAGAGAGUUUGCUCCCCAUCAGCAGAGACACCAACGAAGAUUCAACCCAGGGCUCUGUCAGCUGUACCUCCUUACUCUCCAAAGUCAAUGUGAUCUGUCUCACUCAGAGUCCUGACAGUAGGUGCUCCCCAAUCUCCAUUGAUGAACCAGUCACUGCUGUCCAGACUUGUUGUAGCAGCAGUUCUCUGUCCAGUGAGGAACGAGCACACUCUUCCUCCAGUCAGAUCUCUACUAAGAACCUCCUGGCUACUAGGCCACGUUCUACCAGGCCCCAAUCUGCCAAACCGCCACCU